AUGAAUCAGGAGACAAAGCUAUCUCCCAUAAUCAACAACACUAAAGUGCACACUGAUGACUCCACUCCUUUUGAAGCAAAAGCUUCACUUGAUAAAAGUUCUGCUGAAUACAUCAUCAAGACUGGUCUUGCUGGUGGGUUGGCUGGGUCAUCUGGUAAGACUUUGAUAGCACCUUUAGAUCGUAUAAAGAUCUUGUUUCAAACUUCAAACCCAUUAUACAAACAAUAUUCCGGUUCAAUAUUUGGUAUGUUUAAAGCUGGUAAGAAAAUUUAUAUAAAUGAUGGUAUAUUUGGUUUUUUCCAAGGUCAUUCAGCUACAUUGUUGAGAAUUUUCCCAUAUGCUGCCAUAAAAUUCGUAAUGUAUGAACAAGUACGAAGAAUUCUGAUACCUAAUGAUGAUUAUGAAACUUCUGUUCGAAGAUUAAUGUCUGGUUCAAUUGCAGGUUUAUGUUCGGUGUUUGUCACUUAUCCAUUAGAUUUAAUAAGAGUUCGUUUAGCAUUUGAUACAAAGCAUCAUUCAUCAACAACCAUACCUAUUCAUCAUAAAAAUCAUAUUCAUAACAUUAGAAAAGGUUUAUUAGUCUCCACAAUACAACAAAUUUAUAAAGAACAUCCAAUAGUGGAUAAACAAUUUUUUUUAAUCAAUAUGUUGAAAAAAAACUUACCAAACAAGAUUUCAAACUUGACAAAUUUUUAUAGAGGUUUCAUACCAACUUUAAUGGGGAUGGUUCCAUAUGCUGGUGUAUCAUUUUGGACUCAUGAUUUUGUCCAUGAUGUGUUGAGAUUACCUUUAAUUGCACCAUACACGGUGGAUCAAACCCAUCCUGGUCAUUUCCAACUCAUGUCAAAUGGUUCAAAACCUUCAACCCAUGAACAAAGAUCUCCAUUAAACACUUGGGCCCAAUUAUUAGCUGGUGGUAUAGCUGGGAUGUUUUCUCAAACCGCAGCUUAUCCAUUCGAAGUUAUAAGAAGAAGAAUGCAAGUUGGUGGUGUAAAUAAUGGGAAUUUUAUUGGAAUUGGUUCAAUUUCCAAAAAAAUUUGGAAAGAACGUGGAUUUAAAGGGUUUUAUGUUGGGUUAAGUAUUGGUUAUAUAAAAGUUAUACCUAUGGUUGCUUGUUCAUUCUUUGUUUAUGAGCGUACAAAAUAUCAUUUAGGAAUUUAA